GACUUCUGUAAAUUUAUUUCUUCAUUAAUUUAAUAUCUUGUUCAGAAUUUACCUAUUAAUUGAAAUUCUAUUGUCCAGCGAUUUACUCUUUCAAAUACAAUAUGAUCCUCAAUGAUAUAUCUAACAUGGCCGGUUGGUGGACGGUCCUGAUCGCCCUCAAAAUACUCCUCGCCUCCACAUACUUCUUCUUUGCUAAGAAACCAAAAAAGUACUCUCCGCACACUGAUGCUUUAGCCACCGGCAACUAUACUCCAUGGAAGACCUUACCGUUGGUAGAACACGACGUGACAGUCGAAGAGUCUCCGAUUAUGGGCAAAAUUGAUGAUAACUGUUUAAACGUUGGUGCUACUAGUUUCCUAUGCUUCGAUAAGGAGGAAUUAAUAAUGGAAAGUGCAAUAAAAUGCUUGCACAAGUACGGUGUUGGAUCCUGCGGUCCGAGAGGCUUCUACGGUACGAUUGACGUACAUUUAGAGCUUGAGGAGAGACUAGCCAAGUUCCUGGAAGUGGAAGAGACGUGUGUGUAUUCAUAUGGGUUCUCCACAAUCGCCAGUGCUAUACCGGCUUAUGCUAAAAAACAGGAUAUUAUUUUUGCUGAUGAAAAAGUCUGGUUCGCAAUCCAAAAAGGUUUUGACGCAGCCCGUAGCACUAUUUGCUACUACAAACACAAUGACAUGCAACAUUUAGAAGCGCUGCUCACCGAAGCCAAAGAGAAGAAGCAGUUGAGUGCCCGGAGACGAGCGUUCCUUGUGACGGAGGCUGUGUUCUUCAAUACCGGAGAAAUGUGCCCACUUCGGGAAGUGGUCGCUUUGGCACGGAAGUUCAAGUUAAGGAUUAUUUUGGACGAGAGUUUGAGUAUUGGGGUACUAGGCAAAAACGGGCGCGGUCUGACCGAGCACCUCAACGUGCCUCGCGACGAGGUGGACCUUAUUGUCGGGUCCCUAGAGCACUCGUUUGCCAGCGUCGGGGGCUUCUGUGCCGGCUCGCACUUCAUCGUGGAGCACCAGCGCCUCUCUGGCCUAGGUUAUUGCUUCAGCGCGUCUUUACCUCCGAUGUUAACGCAGGCCGCCAUAUCCGGCCUCGACAUUAUGGAAUCCAGGCCCGAGAUCCUCGCUGAACUAGAGGAGAGCUCCAAAAAACUAGACAAGGCGCUUUCAAACCUCAAGCACUACACAUUCCGCGGGCACGCCCUUUCUCCAAUCAAGCACAUUUACCUCAAAAAGGACCUCACGGACCGCCUCAAACACAGUUACCUCAAAAACAUCGCCAACUACUGCCUCGAGAGAGGCGUAGCUAUCUCCGUAGCAGGUUACCUAAGGGACGUAGAACAUAGCUGUCCAGAACCUUCGAUACGGUUAGCUUCGAGUAGGAAGCUGAAUGAUGGGAAUAUUGGCUUGGUGUGCGGGUUGUUGGAUGAGGCCUAUGAGAAAGUGGGGCCUAAGCCCGAGCUGACGGCGUUGUAGAGGUG